AUGAGCAGCGAGUCAAGGCCGGUGCCGAGGAGAGAGAGUCCAUGGGGAGUGACCGGAGACAAUCAUCCUGAACCCAAAGCUCACCGUUGCAAUGAUCGUGUCGAGGAUGUUAUCCAGGCUUGCUUUGAGGGAAACCCAUUCAAGACUGUCCCGGGACCUUUCAAGCUCUUCUGGCAGUGCAUGCGUUCAAAACCUGGUGAGGAACCAACAGAACCAUUUACAUAUCUAGAUUUGGAUCCUCCAAAGAGAGAGGCGAAUCCUGUGAAAGCUGAUCAGUAA